GCUUCACACCCUGCCAGCAUGAGGCUGCUAGUAGAUUCCUCCCCCUCUCCCCCUGCAGAGAAUUCAAACCUUGACAGCAAAAUGUUCCCUUCUCCCAUGCAGGGAUGUUGCUUUAGCUUUGGUACAGGCUGGUGAAGAGCACAGCUAAUAAAAGAGCUAUAAACUGGAACUUCACAGAGGUUUGAAUCUUGUCUCUGCCACCAACUCACUAGGUGCUCUUAAUCAAUGCACUCCUGGCUUCAGUUGUCCCACCUGAAAAAAAAUACCGACCUACUUUGUAGGGUUGUAAGAAUUAAAAAAUGACAAAGCAUGCGAACUGCUUUGAAUACUUGAAAGCAUGGCUAAGACGUUACACAUCUGUAUUGCUUAGUGUCUUUGGUUAGCAAAGUUUGGGAGCAACUGCUUUCAAACCAUUCUUUCUCUGUGCCUUUGAAAUCAAUUUCAUCUCCCAACUAUUUUUGAUUUUUGAAGUAAAGUGCUGGAGCUGUGUAGUUCCUGAAAUUCCUGCAGGGUGUCUUAUUACCAUCAAGGAUGGAAAAAAAGAUUUUAGAAUCCCUCCACAGAUCCCUCAGGGCUAAAAAUACUCUCCAAAGGCAGGUGUUGGAGUGGGAGGAUGGCUUCUCACACAGCCCUCUUCUCUGAAAGUGAGAAUCAGGAUGGGCCCCCAGCCUUUCCUCCACGCACACCCCGGCAUCGCUGGGCAUGUCCAACGAAGCCCACAGAGCCCCACAUCCCCGCAGAGGGUUGCUGAAAAUAACAUCUGCUUAUGAGAGAGGGAGGUAAAACCACAACGACCCAGCCUCGCCUCACUAUGCCUGUGGCAGGCUGAGGAACGUGGUGUCCUGGCAAUCACAAAAUGCAGCAGUGUGUCGCCCUAUUUCUGGGCAUGAUGGUAGUUUGCAGGGAACAGACUGCCUUGUAAUUAUCCCUUCAUUCAGCCAAACAGCCCAGGCUCUUACUCAUAACUGUCAGUACUUAAUUCUCUGCAAAGAAAGCGUUCAGCUUUUACCAGGCUCAAGAAGUCAAGCUGCCUAUUGCCUUGGAUGCUGUUUGGAGAGUGAAGAUCAGUAGCAGCCUCAUCGUUCACCUGUGCUUGGCCCACCCUGAGGAAUCAUGUCGAUUGCCCACACCGCUGGCGAGUACAUGCUCUCGGAUGCUUUGCUUCCGGAUCCAAGUGGUUCCCGGACAAAAGGCCUUCGCUUGGAGCUAUCGUGCGACCGCAUCAUGAAGUUUGUUACAGUGGGACUGCCCCUCUUUUUGGUGUCCUUGGUUUUUGCACGGGAAUUUUCCACUGGCUCCCAGAUCAGUUGUUUCUCUCCCAGCAACUUCACAGGGAAACAGUCCGCCUACGUGGAUGCCCUGUGUUGGGACUCCUUGCUUCACUAUGAUGCCGAUGCGACGGGAGACUCUAGACCCACAUCCCUUUGGGUCCUCAAGGUCUUUCCAUAUUCCUUGCUGGUGAUUGCUGUCGCCAUGUAUCUCCCCUACCUCCUCUGGCGAUACGCUGCUGCACCGUCUCUGAACUGUGACUUGCUCUUUAUCAUUGAUGAACUGGAUAAAUCCUACAACCGCUCCAUCCGCCUGGUGCAGUACAUGGUGAAGCUCCAGCAGGACGGCACUGACCCGGAGGAACUGUGGGAGGAGUUUGGCAAGGCUCGCAAGGAACGAUAUUUUGAAUUCCCUCUGCUGGAGAGGUAUCUCACCUGCAAGCAACGCUCCUACUACUUUGUUAGCAUUUAUGUUUUGCGGAACGUCGUCCUCCUCUCCCUCAUUGCCGCCACUUGUUUCUACUUGGGAUUCUGCCAUGUGACUGUAUUUUUCCAAGAGGAGUUCAGCUGCUCCAUCAAAGCAGGGCUGCUCAGAAAUGAGGCUCACAUCCCCAGCUCGAUUCCUUGCAAGCUGCUUCAGUUCUCGGUCUUCCAGCUGACCAGCAUCAGCCUCGGCUGCGUCUAUGUCCUCCUGGGACCCAUUGUAAUCUACCACUUGCUCCAGCUCUGUCAGUGGGACAAGCGGCUCUUGUCCAUCUAUGAGAUGCUGCCAGCGUUUGACCUCCUCAGUCGGAAGAUGCUGACCUGUCCUUUCAAUGACCUCAACAUCAUUCUGCUCUUCCUGCGAGCCAAUAUCUCCGAAGUCAAGUCCUUCAGCAGGCUGAGCGUCCUGUGCACCCUGAGAGAUGUCACCGCAGACAAGGAGAACAUUGACACUGUGGUGGACUUUAUGACCCUCCUCGCCGGCUUGGAGAUGUCCAAACCGAAGCAUCACUUCUGCACUGACGGAAACUCACUUCAUCCAAACAGUGAAAUUAUUGACAUGAAAUCUGACCUGGAAUCUAAAGAAAACUGACCCAUGCUCUGCUUCGUGGAUGGCGUAGUAAAUGGAGAACGUGGGACUGGGGAGCAGCCCUGGAGCACCGGGUCCCACAGCCUAUCCCGCCCUGUCGCCCAAGGCCACUGAGUCUUCAGUACGAUUCCAAGCUGCAUCAUCUUGUGCUGGUGGGGCUGCGCCUGGCCAUUCCCAUCAAUACUUUUUU